AUGGAGAGGACUCGCAAAUCAGAGCCUACUCAUUCAACUCAUCAAUCUCGUGAUGUUAUUGAACGGUCAUCAAUAGAUCAACGAAAAUAUUUAGAACCUUCGCUUGAAAGAAAAAGAUCAUCGACAAUAAAACAAUCAGAUGGAAAUUCGAAGCGUAAUGAUGCUUAUAUUUCUGAUCUUAUCAAUGUUCAAAGUUUACUCAAUAUUCGAAAAAUGCAAUCUCUACAACGUAAAUUUCAUAAUAAUCCAUCAUUUGAAGAUCGUAUUAUAAUAAAUGUAUCUGGUGAUCGUUAUGAAACUCAUCGUAAAACACUUGAACUUUAUCCAGAUACAUUAC